CUUCGUCAUUAUCUUCCAUCUAUUUUUUUUCUUUUUUCUUUUUUCUUUUUGUUAUAGUGAAAGGAAAAAAAGAAGAAGAGAAAAUUAACAGAGAGAAAUGAGAGUGUUUGUUUGUGCGUGUGAAAUCAAAUCAUUCUUUCAACAUAUCAGGAUUCAAGAGAGAGAGGGUGUCCGUGCGUGAGAUUUAGAUAGAGAAAAAAAAAAUAGAAAAAAGUAAAGAAAAGGCAUCGACAAGAUAGAGAGAGAGUGUGCAUUUCUCUAUGUGAAAUCUGUGGAUUUUUUUACAGUUCUAAUGGUUGAUUAAUCAAGAAGUAGCAUUCUAAAUGGAGAUGGUUUCUAGCCGUUGAUGCUGUUAUUUCAAAUCUAAGCAUCAGAUCGAUUCUUAUUUUUUAUUUUUUUAAUUCCUGGAUAACGAAGAUUUAGCUUGAAAUGAACGGAGGCGGCAGCGAAGAAGCUGCGGAGGCUGUGACGGCAGCGGCAGCACCGGUGGGAGCGCCGUUGCAGCUUGAAUGGAAAUUCGCGCAGGUUUUUGGAGAGCGAACGGCCGGUGAAGAAGUACAGGAAGUCGAUAUCAUAUCUGCCAUUGAAUUUGAUAGAACUGGCGAUCAUCUCGCUACUGGUGAUCGUGGAGGUCGAGUGGUUUUAUUUGAAAGAACUGACACAAUAGAUCAUGGUGGAAAUCGGAGAGAUCUAGAGAGGAUGGAUUUUCCAAUUAACAGGCACCCUGAGUUCCGUUACAAAACAGAGUUUCAGAGCCACGAACCGGAGUUUGAUUAUCUAAAGAGCUUGGAAAUUGAGGAGAAGAUCAACAAGAUUAAAUGGUGCCAGUCAGCCAAUGGUGCAUUGUUUCUUCUGUCGACCAAUGACAAAACCAUCAAAUUUUGGAAGGUUCAAGAAAAGAAGGUCAAGAAAAUAUGUGACAUGAAUGUUGACCCUGCAAAAGCUGCUGGAAAUGGUCCUCUUGUAUGUCCAAGCAUAUCAACAAGCUCCAAACCAUAUACUGCCAACGGAGGAUGUUUGGAUAAACCCUUGGGUUUGAGCAAUGACUUUUCUUUCCCACCUGGGGGUGCCUCGUCUCUACAUUUACCUGUGGUAUUGACCAGUAUUGAAACGAGCCUUGUGCCUAGGUGUCGGAGAAUAUAUGCUCAUGCCCAUGACUAUCACAUUAACUCCAUUUCUAACAACAGUGAUGGUGAAACUUUUAUAUCUGCUGAUGAUCUGCGAAUAAAUCUUUGGAAUUUGGAAAUAAGCAAUCAGAGUUUCAAUAUUGUUGAUGUAAAGCCUGCAAACAUGGAGGAUCUGACUGAGGUGAUAACUUCAGCAGAAUUUCAUCCUACUCAUUGUAAUAUGUUGGCAUAUAGUAGUUCAAGGGGCUCAAUUCGUUUAGUUGACAUGCGACAGUCAGCUCUAUGUGAUUCUCAUAGCAAAUUGUUUGAGGAACAAGAAGUGCCUGGUUCAAGAUCCUUCUUCACAGAGAUAAUUGCCUCAAUCUCAGAUAUUAAAUUUGCCAAGGAUGGGAGAUAUAUUCUUAGUCGAGAUUACAUGACUCUCAAGUUGUGGGACAUAAAUAUGGACUCUGGACCAGUUUCCACCUUCCAGGUUCAUGAAUACCUUAGACCUAAGCUUUGUGAUCUGUAUGAAAACGAUUCCAUCUUUGACAAAUUCGAGUGUUGUCUGAGUGGAGAUGGACUUCGAGUGGCAACUGGUUCCUACAGCAACCUAUUUCGAGUGUUUGGUUGUACUGAUGGAAGCACUGAAGCAACAACAUUGGAAGCCAGCAAGAAUCCAAUGAGGAGACAGGUUCAAACCCCAUCAAGGCCUUCUAGAUCUCUGGGCACCCUUUCCCGUGGUUUUAGGCGAGGAGCUGACAACUCUGGAGCUGAUACAAAUGGAAAUGCGUUUGAUUUCACAACCAAGUUGUUGCAUCUAGCAUGGCAUCCAACCGAGAACUCACUCGCCUGUGCUGCUUCAAACAGCCUUUACAUGUAUUAUGCAUGAAACUGGUCCUGGAAGAACAUGUACUUUGGCUAGGAAAAGCUUUAGGUGCUACCUCUCUGCAAAGGCCUUGCUGCCUACUCUCCCAGCACACAUUUGGAAGCUUCACCAUUUAACGGAGAUUGAUGUUGCUGUUGUUCAAAUAUCAAGGAAGUACUAUGACUUUUGCUCCCAGGGAGGCAUGCCUCGCUAAUUAUAUUCUUUCACAAGGAAAGUGCAGUUCUAUCCUCAUAUUUUUUUUGUUGGUUUAGGUCAAAGGAAAUCAAAUCUUAAACAAUUGUUUCUACAUAGUGCUGCAGUGCUGCAACGUUUUGGGCCUAUAAGGUCUUAAAUCAAAUCUGGGCAAAGGAGCUGUUAGGUCGAAUCAAUCCUCAUUGAUACUUUGGGCGUCAACCAUGUGUACCAUUAGAACCUAGAACUCGAGGCUUGUGAAAACUUUAUCAUGAUUAUUGUUAUUCCAUAUUCUAACCA